ACUUAUGGCCAGUGUACCUGUCAUAUGUUUUAAGUAAACGCUUGGUUUGGAAAGUGUGUGUUCCUUCUUUUUUCUAUGAGACUUUAAGCACAUGAGCCCAUUGACAUGAAUUUAAUGGGAUUUCCGGCUAAGGUUACCAUUUCUCCGAUCCGAUCCAAAUGAGAUUAAACUAAAUCGAGAUUAGAGUGUUUGAUUACCCUAAUCACACCUAUGGCCAAAAAGUUCUAAUUUUAUAGUGUGAAGUUAAAAUGUUGUGGCCCAGGGAACAUACCAUAUAGCAUCCUGGCGAGGAAUACAGGUUGCUGUGAAAAGGCUGGGGGAGGAAGUGCUUAUUGAUGAGGAUAAAGAAGGCAUUCAGGGAUGAGCUUGAAUUUCUACAAAAGAUACGACAUCCGAACGUAGUCCAAUUUUUGGGUGCAGUGACUCAAAGCAGUCCAAUGAUGAUUGUAACAGAAUAUUUGCCUAAGGGAGACCUUUGUUUAUUUUUGAAAAGAAAAGGAGCAUUAAGGCCAACUACAGCUGUAAGAUUUGCACUUGAUAUUGCAAGGGGAAUGAGUUAUUUGCAUGAGAAUAAGCCAGAAGCAAUAAUUCAUCGCGAUCUUGAGCCUUCACCUUGCUUAAAACAAUUAAAAGCUGCCACUAAUGACUUCAAUUCUGCUAACAAAAUCGGAGAAGGUGGUUUUGGUCCUGUGUACAAGGGUCAAUUGCCUGAUGGUACAGUGAUAGCCGUUAAGCAGCUUUCAUCUAAGUCAAGGCAGGGAAAUCGUGAAUUCUUAAAUGAGAUGGGCAUGAUUUCUUGUUUCCAGCACUCAAAUCUUGUGAAGCUUCAUGGAUGUUGUAUUGAUGGAGGUCAGCUAUUGCUGGUCUAUGAGUACAUGGAAAACAAUAACCUUGCACGAGCAUUGUUUGGUCGAGAAAAUCAUCUUAAACUGGACUGGCCAAGAAGUCGUAAUAUUUGUAUUGGGAUAGCAAGAGGACUAGCUUUUCUCCAUGAAGAAUCUGUACUUAAAAUUGUUCACCGAGACAUCAAAGCUACUAAUGUGCUGCUUGAUCGGGACUUGAACCCUAAAAUAUCCGACUUUGGAUUAGCAAAGCUCGAUGAAGAGGAGAAGUAGGACAUAUUAUCUGAAGUAUUACAUAAAGUAAUAGACCAAGCUUUGUGUUUUUUUUAAACUAACAUUAAAAACGUUGCGUCUGGAAAUGUAGAGCUUUUUUGGUGGACAGAAAUGUAGAGGUGC